AUCGAAUCAUUUUCCGUUGUUGCUUUUGGUCACACUGCUGCAGCCGUGACAUUACAGAAACAAAAAAGAAAAACAAAAAAAAACUAAAAACAAAAGUUAGGCUGUGGCACAUAAAAAAUGUUCCAUUUUAGCGGCUUCAACAUGAUGUUCCCGGAGGGACGUAGUUUUCAAGCAACCUACAAGUGCUUCUCCGUGUCCAUGUUUCCCGGAAACGAACGAUCCGAUGUGGAAAAGGGCGGCAAGAUUAUUAUGCCUCCCUCGGCGCUGGAUACCCUUACCCGUCUAAACGUGGAGUACCCAAUGCUAUUCAAGCUGACCAAUGGCAAAAAAUCGCGGUCCUCCCAUGCUGGCGUCCUGGAAUUCGUUGCCGACGAGGGCAAGUGCUAUCUACCCUACUGGAUGAUGGACAACCUGUUGUUGGAGGAGGGCGAUAUCCUAAACAUCGAGAGUGUCUCCCUGCCGGUGGCGACGUUCUCCAAGUUCCAACCGCACAGCACAGACUUCCUCGACAUCACCAGUCCGAAGGCUGUGCUCGAGAACGCCCUUCGCAACUUCGCCUGUCUCACAAAGGGCGACGUCAUAGCCAUCAAGUACAACAGGAAAGUUUACGAGCUGUGCGUUUUGGAGACGAAGCCCGGCAAUGCGGUCAGCAUUAUCGAGUGCGACAUGAAUGUGGAGUUCGAGGCACCGGUUGGCUACAAAGAGCACUCGGAAACACAGGCAUCCGGCUCGGGACAGUCGGGUUCGGCAGGACCUGCCGGCGCUGAAGCAUCCGGCGGGGCCAGCACCGUACUUGAGGAGGUCGUAGAGACCUUCAAGGGGUCCGGAGUUCGUUUAGAUGGCAAAAAGAAGAAGGAAAGCCAGCUGGAGACGCCGGUUCUCAAGAAGGUUCUGCCGCGCGGCGUGCCCGACUACGAUUUUCAGUUCGGCCUUAUCCGCUUCGACCGCAACAUUCGCCCAAUCAGCGACAGGAGCAAUGAAGAUGGUGCCGCAGGCGGAAGUGCCGAUGGUUCCGAUGCGGAGAACUUCCACGGCACCGGAUUCUCCAUGAAGAAAACGCGCAAAUAGCUCUAGCUUUAGAUCUAGUUCUAGUUGUAUAUUGUGUGACACAUAGAAAUUAAAGAAAGAUCCUCACAGGGGCAGCGUCAA